GCAGGAGGGUAAAUACUGUGAGAGGAGGAGGGGCAGUCACAACGUUCAGCUUCGCUUCUUCUGUUUCAUCUCGUGCUUCUUCUCCGCUUUGUCUCCGCAUCCGCGCGCUCAGGCGCCAGCAGCCUACUUCAGAUCCAGUUAGGCCAGCACACCGCUACAUCCCACCCAGCAGAGAUGGCUCCCACCCUGGCCACAGCCUUCUCCCGCCGCUGGUGGAUGGCUGUGACAGCAGUCAUUGAAAACCUGCUGUUCUCUGCCGUGCUGCUCGGCUGGUCCUCCCUGCUCAUCAUGCUCAAGUCUGAGGGCUUCUACUCCUACCUUUGCACAAGGCCAGAUAACAGCUCCAGUCUUAACAUCUCCAACUCGUCCAGUUUUGAGUCUGAAGGCCCAGCAGAGGAGUUCCUGCUGAUGAAUAACUGGCCCAUCUGCAAGGACCAGGACGAGAUGUUGAACUUGGCCUUCACCGUGGGCUCCUUCCUGCUGUCCGCCAUAACUCUGCCCCUGGGCAUCGUCAUGGACAAAUACGGCCCACGAAAGCUACGGCUUUUAGGAAGUGCCUGCUUUGGCUUGUCCUGUCUCCUCAUUGCGUAUGGUGCCAAAGAUCCUAACAACCUGUCCGUCCUAAUCUUCGUUGCACUAGCCAUGAACGGGUUUGGAGGCAUGUGUAUGACCUUCACCUCUCUGACGCUUCCCAACAUGUUUGGAGACCUGCGGUCAACCUUCAUCGCCCUGAUGAUUGGAUCCUACGCUUCCUCUGCUGUCACUUUCCCCGGCAUUAAGGUCAUCUACGAUCUGGGCGUUGCCUUUAUCUCCAUCCUUAUGGUUUGGGCUGCAUGUGCUUGCCUCGUGUUCCUCAACUGCUUCAUCAACUGGCCUCUGGAGCCCUUCCCAGGCCCAGAGGAUAUGGACUUCACGGUUAAGAUCAAAUUCAGCUGGCUGGGAUUUGACCACAAGAUCACUGGGAAGCAGUUUUACCACCAGGUGACCACAGUGGGCCGUCGCCUCAGUGUGGGCAAUGCCAUAAAGCAGCCACAGCAGUCCACCAAGGAUCUGGCUGAGCAGGACGCCAACAAGCUGUGCCUGUCCACCGUCGACCUGCAAGUGAAGUGCAAAGGCGACGAGGAGAAUCAGUCCUUCAUGAAGAGUGUUUUAAGCCCCAUCUUCCUGCUCAGCCUCAUCACCAUGUGUGUCACUCAGCUGCGACUCAUCUUCUACAUGGGAGCCAUGAACACGAUCCUAGAGUCCCUCACCGAUGGAGACCUGAACACAGUGGAGAAGAUGGAAGUGGUGAGUGUGUACACCUCCAUCUUUGGCGUGCUCCAGCUCCUGUGUCUGGUCACCUCUCCUGUGAUUGGCUACGUUAUGGACUGGAGGCUCAAAGACUGCGAGGAUGAGAAUGACAAGACUGUAAAAAGAGAGCCCGGUCAUCCCCGCCGCCCCGGCAAGAAGAUCCAGAAGAUUGUCAACGCCACCAGAGCAUUCAUCUUCACCAACCUGCUCCUGGUUGGCUUCGGCGUCACCAGCGUCAUUCCCAACCUGCAGCUGCAGAUCCUGUCCUUCGUCCUGCACACUAUCGUCAGAGGCUUCAUUCACUCUGCUGUGGGAGGCCUGUAUGCUGCUGUGUACCCGUCCUCUCAGUUUGGCAGUCUGACAGGGAUGCAGUCUCUGAUCAGUGCUCUGUUCGCCCUGCUCCAGCAGCCCCUCUUCUUGGCCAUGGUGGGCCCCCUGGAGGGAGACCCUCUAUGGGUGAACGUGGGCCUGCUGGUGCUGAGCAUGCUGGGAUUCUGUCUGCCCGUAUACCUGCUGUGCCACAGCCGCCACCUGCAGCGCCUCCGAGACGAGCAAGACGACGACCCCAAGGUCUUUGUGAAGCUCACCAACGGCGUCCCGCCCGAAGCCAGCGUCUAGAGCGAGGCUGAAGAGUGACGCUUCCGAAACGGAGCCUGCGUGACCCGAGCUAGAGGUCUGACAAAUCACUUUACACUCUGACAGAAAAGACAACCAACGAGCACUGUGACUCCUGGGUUCAUCCUCACUGACUGCUGUGAAAACUCUGGCACAUGUCAAUCACACGGGCUUCAGAAACUGAGGAGGAAAAACAGGGAGAGGAAAGCUACAGUGGAGGUUCUCUGCAUCCCUAAACGACGGCUCUGUUUUACUCCUGCUGUUUUCCCUCAACAUCCCUGAACAGGAAGGUGCCAGCUGAUGGAAACAACAAUAUGAAGGCUGCUGUCUGCCGACUGAAAAGCUCUGAUAGCUGCAGCAAGUGUUGCCCUCACUGCAGCUUCUGUGUAUAUGUGUGUGUGUAUGAUGUUGUUUGUGUUAGACAUACACUGCUGCUCUGUUCCUGCUUCACUCACAACCGCUGAACGUCUCUGCUGUCUUCUGUCCUUUGCUCUGAAAUUCCAAACCCUUUUAUCCCUCGCCUCAUGGUCUCAGACGUGUUGAUUAGACGUCACCAUGUGAAGGAAUGUUUUUAGACAAAAAUAUAGUGUUACAAAUUUAGAGCGGUGUGAAACUAGACGUGUUAUUUUAGCAAUAAAUGCCUUGUGUGAGGUGCUGGGCACUGAACACUCACACAAACACAUGUUGGAACUGACGGAGGUGGAAUCCACGGAGGUGCUAGUUGCAAAACAGAAAUUAGUGUUUUCACAUUUUGCUUUGGGGUUGCACAGUCGAGAACCUGCCAACAAGUCAAAUCUCCGACAAGAAUGUCCCUUUUCCUGAAAGUGAAUCCCAAAGAAUCGUUUUAUGUUCUAUUUUCUUGUUGUUUCUUUACUUUUCGUGGUGACUCUUCAUUGAAACAGGAAGUUCAACCACUGCAGUGGUUUGAGGAAACCUCAGUGUCCUUUGUGCAGAAACACAUUGAGACAAAGCACAAACAAGAAAGAGUAGAAGAAACGGUGAGGUUGAGUGAUCCUCCUCCCUCUCUGCAUCAGGCGCUCAGGCUGCAGUGAGUCCAGCCCAGUUCCUCUUUUCUUCUGUCCAUAAACACAACUCAGAGUGUUUACUGAACUGAAAGACGAGCCUCUGCUUACUUUACCUGCUGUCAGCAAAUUCCUUUUAGUGAGAAAUGAACGGCACAUGCUGCACUUUAAACCAGUGAAAUGAACCUCAGUCAUUUAAAUUCCUUCUGUUCAACUCUAACCUGUUGGUGUUUGAGGAAAAUAGGGUUGAAACUAGGGAUGCAUGAUCUAUCUCUGUAUUGGUUUGAUAAAUAAAACUGGGCCGAUACUAACGUCUGA